GACGGACGGACGGACGGACGGACGGACGGCGGGGAGCGCUCGGCCUGCUCGCUCUCCCGAGCGUCUCACGGUUAUGUAAGCGGCCCCGCGACAAUCCCCUGACCCCGAUCGGAGGACGCGGUGGAGCUGCAGCCGCAGCAUCUCGCUGGCACCGCCGAGCCCAUGACAAAGGGCAGGCUGUAGUCCGCGUCGCCCCGCCGAGCUGGGCCGCCCGGGACCGGCGUCUGGUCGGAGCUCGUGGGGCUGCAGCCUCCGCCGCCCCGGUCCGCGCCUUUCCGGUGUGCGAUGACGCCGCUGCCGGGGAGCCCAGAACCGCCGGCCGGGAAGCCUCGGCCUGGGGUGUCCGAGGACUGAGGACCGGCUCGGGCUCCGUCCGAGGCCGGAGACGUCGGCUCUGCCGCCGCCCUGCGCCGCCCUGGCCUGGACCGCCGAGAUUCCGGACUUCGGAGCUGCCGGGAGCCAAGUGCGAUUUUCAAACCACUGGUUGAAAAUAGUAUACCUAGUUCAAUCACCGCAGUGGAAUUCCUUAUUGAUAAACAACUGGAUUUUUUAACUGAAGACAGUGCCUUUCAGCCAUACCAGGACAACACAGACAGCCUAAACCCCAUACUCAGGGACAACCCACGACUUGAUGAAGAGGUAAAGGUCUGGGUGAAGAAGCAGAAGGCUCAGGAGAUUUUUAUGCAAGGUCCUUAUUCCUUAAAUGGAUACAGAGUGAGAGUGUAUAGACGAGAUUCUGCCACCCAGUGGUUUACUGGCAUCAUUACUCAUCAUGAUCUCUUCACCCGCACCAUGAUCGUUAUGAAUGACCAGGUACUAGAACCACAGAAUGUCGAUCCUUCUAUGGUUCAAAUGACCUUUCUAGAUGAUGUUGUUCACUCUUUGUUAAAAGGUGAAAAUAUUGGCAUUACAUCACGACGCAGGUCUCGUGCCAAUCAAAAUACCAACACUGUUCACGGUCAUUAUACACGUGCUCAAGCAAAUAGUCCCAGACCAGCAAUGAAUUCUCAAGCUGCUGGAUCAAAACAGAACACCCACCAGCAACAGCAGCACAGACAUGUCCGUCUGAGUAAGAGGAAGGGCUCAGAUAGCAGUGUGCCUGAGGAGGAGAUGAGGGAGGAGAAACAUGAUUACACAUCACGAGCAGAAAACCCUAAAGGUAAAAACAGACACUUGGUAAAUAAAAGGAGGAAUCCUGAGGAGGGUGAAAAGAAGCUUAGUAUGAAAAGGCUGCGGACUGACGGUGUUUCAGACUUUUCUGAGAACAGUGACUCAGAAACUUCAAGUAAGAGAACAAUCAAUAACUCCUCUGAGCAAUCACCAGAGUAUGAGAUGAAAAGUAAAAGCACUUCAAAGAUAAAUGGAGAAGAAGGAAAAUCCCAGAUUGCUGAGAAGGCAGGAGAGACCCAAAUAGAGAAUCAGCCUCCCUGGGAUCAAACACAGGAAGAUAAAAACCAUGAAGGAGAGAAAUGGAAGUCUGUUGACACCCAUCUUCAAGAAAAACGGACUAUCCACUCAUCAGGACAAACCCCAGUUGUUAACCAUAAUCCUAAUGAUUUUGUUCUCCAAGAAUGCGAUAUGGAAAACACACAUCCCAUGGAGUUAUUACCAAAGGAGAAAUUUGUCUCCAGAUCACCUACACCUAAAUGUGUUAUUGAUAUUACCAAUGACACGAAUUCGGAAAGGAUGGUUCAGGAGAGCUCAGGUGCCUUUGGCCUCCAAACACUUGAGAAAAUGGACCCUAAUGUUAGUGACUCUAAACAUUCAGUUUCAAAUGCUAAAUUUCUGGAAAUAGCAAAGCAAGAUUCUGACCAGAGCUGGGUCAGUGAUGUAGUUAAAGUAGAUUUAACCCAGUCAGGUGUUAUGAGUCCUUCUUCAGGAAAUGAUCAUGCUGAUAUUGAAAAAGAGAGAAAUCAUUAUAUCUCUUAUAUGUCAUCUUUAAGUGCAGUUUCUGCCACAGAAGAUAAGCCACAAAAGCGAAGUCCACCCCCGGAAACUAUAAAAUCUAAACUCAGUGCUUCAGUCACUACCCACAAGACCAAGUCCAGCUCUUCACCUGAAGUUGCUAAACCUAAGGUCACCUACUGUCCUGACUCUGCGAGACCCAAGGCCGCUCACGUGAACAGUCCAGCGGCCAGUGAGAGACGACUGGUAAGGAAGGCGGACCACGAGCUGUCAAGGUGCACCUCUCAUCCAGCACCUGUUCGAGGAGCUGCGUUGGAAGCUACAAAGAGCCCUCUUAUCAUUGAUAAAAAUGAGCAUUUCACAGUUUAUAGGGACCCUGCUCUUAUUGGAUCAGAAACAGGAGCCAACCACAUUUCACCUUUUUUGAGCCAGCAUCCUUUCUCCCUUCAUUCCUCAUCCCAUAGAACCUGUUUAAACCCAGGCACCCAUCACCCUGCUCUGACUCCUGCCCCUCACUUACUAGCUGGAUCAUCUAGUCAAACUGCAUUAGCCACCAUUAACACUCACCCUCUCACUAGUGGGCCACACCAUUCUGUUCACCCUCAUUUGCUUCCCACUGUCUUACCUGGAAUGCCCGCUGCCUCCCUGCUGGGCGGCCAUCCUCGCUUGGAGAACGCUCAUGCCAACAGCCUGAGCCACCUAGCACUAGCACACCAGCAGCAGCAGCUGCUACAGCCUCAUCUCCUUGGACAAGCCCAUCCUCCUGCCUCAUACAAUCAGCUUGGCCUUUAUCCAAUCAUUUGGCAAUAUCCAAAUGGAACACAUGCAUAUUCGGGACUUGGUCUGCCUUCUUCUAAGUGGGUUCACCCAGAAAAUGCAGUUAAUACCGAAGCUUCAUUACGGAGGAAUUCUCCCAGUCCUUGGUUACAUCAGCCUACUCCUGUGACUUCAGCAGAUGGUAUUGGAUUACUUAGUCACAUUCCUGUCAGACCUUCCAGUGCAGAAUCUCAUCGACCUCAUAAAAUUGCAGCGCAUUCCAGUCCACCAGUGACAAAAUCUUUAGUAGAUCACCAUAAAGAUGAAUUGGAGAGGAAAGCUUUCCUGGAUCCAUUAUGCUCUGCCGCAUCCACAGCUGCAAAAGGUGACCUGGAUCUUAACAGGUCACAGCCUGGAAAAGAUUGUCACUUGCAUAGGCAUUUUGUGGACCCCGUAUUAAAUCAGUUGCAGAGACCACCUCAGGAGACUGGGGAGAGGUUAAACAAAUAUAAGGAGGAACAUCGUCGAAUUCUUCAAGAAAGUAUUGAUGUUGCUCCUUUUACGACUAAAAUCAAGGGGCUUGAGGUUGAGAGAGAUUAUUCCAGAGUAGCAUCAUCAUCGUGUAGUCCUAAAAGCCAUGCUAUCAAACAAGAUAAAGAUGUAGACCGCUCAGUAUCAGAGCUCUAUAAAAUGAAGCACUCAGUGCCUCAGAGUUUGCCUCAAAGCAACUAUUUCACUACGUUGUCUAAUAGUGUGGUCAACGAGCCUCCAAGAUCUUACCCAUCCAAAGAAGUUUCAAAUAUUUACACUGAGAAGCAGAGUAACCUUUCUGCAGCAGCUAGUCCUCAAACUCUGACUUCGUUUAUCUCCUCUCUUUCAAAGCCUCCUCCUUUGAUUAAACACCAACCAGAAACUGAAGGUUUAGUUGGUAAGAUAGCAGACCAUCUUCCCCAUCAGAUUGCAUCUCACUCAGUAACAACUUUCAGAAAUGAUUGUAGGAGUCCUACCCACUUGACAGUUUCUUCUACAAACACACUCCGCAGUAUGCCUGCUUUGCACAGGGCACCAGUGUUCCACCCACCAAUUCAUCAUAGUUUGGAAAGAAAGGAAAGCAGCUACAGUAGCCUUUCCCCUCCAACUCUGACUCCAGUGAUGCCAGUAAAUGCUGGUGGGAAAGUUCAAGAAUCACAGAAGCCUCCAACUCUAAUUCCUGAGCCAAAGGACUCUCAGGCAAAUUUUAAGAGUUCUUCUGAACAGAGUCUGACAGAAAUGUGGAGAUCUAAUAACCUCAGCAAAGAGAAAGCUGAUUGGCAAGUGGAGAAAAGCAGUGGAAAGUCACAGGCUGCUGUGGCAUCUGUCAUUGUGCGUCCACCUUCUAGUACAAAAAAUGAUAGUGUGUCAGCUAUACCGUUAUCUUCCAAAGAUGGAGUUUGUGAAAGAUCCUCAACUGGGGCACAUAAAACAGAUUACCUCAAACCAGAAGCCGGAGAGACGGGAAGAAUCAUUCUAUCAAAUGUGAAUUUAGACAGUGCUCAUGUUAAAUCCGAAAAACACCUUGACGCUGUCUCUCCGGGCAGUGUUCCUGUUUCAGUCAUGUCCGCUGUGAAUGCCAUCCCUAAUACCAGAACGGAUGGGUUCGCGUCCGCUGCCACAGCCACCAGUGUUUCCAGCUUGAGCAGUUCUGAAGCAGUUUAUUCUUUACCAAGUACCAUUUUGGCCUCUGCAUCCUUAGAAUGUUCCUCUUCAAAGGGUGUCAGUCAGUCAGUUGCGCAAACAAAGCAAAGCAAAGUCAGCACCACAGUUCCACUUUCUCCAGCCUGCAGUAAGGUAGGGAGUCUCGUUCAGUCUGGCUCUGGCUUCUCAGGAACAACCGAUUUUAUCCAUCUAAAGAAGCACAAAGCAGCCUUGGCUGCAGCUCAGUCUAAGAGUAGUAACGUCAGUGAGACUGAAUGUAGCACUGCGAGAAAUCUGCCAGCUCCCACCUCUCUUCCUCCAGAUAGCACCUUCAUCUGUACUGCAGGUAACAAAGCAAUCUCUGUAGGAAAUGGGCAGGCCUCCCAGACAAGCCAGCCCAAUUACCAUACUAAAUUGAAAAAAGCCUGGCUUACCCGACAUUCAGAAGAAGAUAAAAAUACUAAUAAAAUGGAAAAUUCAGGGAAUUCUGUGUCCGAAAUCAUUAAGCCAUGUUCUGUCAACUUAAUAGCCUCUACAUCCAGUGAUAUACAAAAUAGCGUAGAUGGUAAAGGGGACAGAUACAUUAGAGAGGAUAAAGUCAGUAGGAGGAAAACCAAACGAACUUACGAAUCUGGCUCUGAAAGUGCAGACUCAGAUGGAAGUGAAAGCAGGUCAGAGCAGAGGACCAAAAGGCAGCCCAAGCCCACCUACAAGAAAAAACAGAAUGAUCUGCAGAAGAGGAAAGGUGAACUUGAAGAAGACUCGAAACCCAAUGGAGUUCUCAGCAGGAGUGCCAAAGAGAAAAGUAAAUUGAAGUUGCAGAGCAGUAACAGUGCUGGCAUCCCUCGUUCAGUGUUAAAAGACUGGCGGAAGGUCAAGAAGCUGAAGCAGACCGGAGAGUCCUUUCUUCAGGAUGACUCCUGCUGUGAGAUAGGACCUAAUUUACAGAAGUGCCGGGAGUGCAGACUUAUUCGGAGUAAGAAAGGAGAGGAGCCAGCUCACUCACCAGUGUUCUGCAGAUUCUACUACUUCAGACGAUUGUCAUUUAGUAAAAAUGGAGUGGUUAGGAUAGAUGGUUUUUCUUCUCCUGACCAAUAUGAUGAUGAAGCCAUGAGUUUAUGGACACAUGAAAAUUAUGAAGAUGAUGAAAUAGACAUAGAAACUUCUAAAUAUAUCUUGGAUAUAAUAGGUGAUAAGUUCUGUCAAUUAGUAACAUCUGAAAAAACAGCUUUGUCCUGGGUGAAAAAGGACGCCAAGAUAGCCUGGAAAAGAGCAGUGAGAGGUGUCCGGGAGAUGUGCGAUGCAUGUGAAGCCACGUUGUUUAACAUUCAUUGGGUCUGCCAGAAAUGUGGAUUUGUGGUUUGCUUGGAUUGUUUCAAGGGAAAAGAAAGGAAGAGCUCUAGAGAUAAAGAAUUGUAUGCUUGGAUGAAAUGUGUUAAAGGACAGCCUCAUGAUCACAAACAUUUAAUGCCAACUCAAAUUAUACCUGGUUCUGUGUUGACAGAUCUUCUCGAUGCGAUGCACGUCCUCAGGGAAAAAUACGGUAUCAAGUCCUGUUGUCACUGUACUAGCAAACAGAACGUACAAGUCGGAAGUUUUCCUACGAUGAAUGGCGUAUCUCAAGUUUUACAGAAUGUUCUUAACCACAGUAAUAAAAUUUCUCUGUGCGUGCCUGAGUCUCAGCAGCAGAAUAACCCUCCGCAGUCUGAGAGUAAUGGCGGCAGCAGCCCAGGCAGUGAUGUAAGCACAGACAGCAAGUUACCGCCUCCAGAAUCCCAGUCACCACUUCAUUGGUUAGCUGAUCUUGCAGAGCAAAAAUCCAGAGAGGAAAAAAAAGAAAACAAAGAAUUUGCCCUUGAAAAGGAAAUUAAAGAAGAGGGAGAACAAGAUGGCUCUGAUUCUCCAAGUGGCAGAGCAUCGCCUCCAGUUUCCCAGAGUAAUGAGCAGGGCUCAACCUUACGGGAUUUGCUGACCACUACGGCCGGCAAGCUGCGCGUGGGCUCUACAGACGCAGGGAUUGCCUUUGCACCGGUGUAUUCGAUGGGAGCCUCUACUGGCAAAAGUGGACGGACUAUGCCGAACAUUCUUGAUGACAUAAUUGCUUCAGUUGUUGAAAACAAAAUCCCUCCAAAUAAAACCUCCAAGAUAAAUGUAAAGUCAGAGCUCAAUGAGGAGCCUAAAGAGAGCAGAAAGUCUUCCGUGAGUGAGAAUGAUAAAUUAUAUGGUGAUGUACCACAUUCUUGGAUCUGUGACCAGCAUGUUCUAUGGCUUAAGGAUUACAAGAACAGUAAUAAUUGGAAGCUUUUCAAAGAGUGUUGGAAACAAGGACGGCCUGCAGUGGUUUCCGGUGUACAUAGAAAAAUGAACAUUAGCUUGUGGAAAGCAGAAUCAAUUAGUGUGGAUCUUGGAGACCAUCAAGCUGACCUCUUGAACUGCAGAGACAGCGUUGUCUCCAGUACCAACGUUAAGGAAUUCUGGGAUGGCUUUGAAGAAGUUUCAAAACGGCAAAAAAAUAAAAGUGGAGAAACAGUCGUGUUAAAAUUGAAAGACUGCCCUUCUGGAGAAGACUUCAAGACCAUGAUGCCAGCAAGAUAUGAAGAUCUUUUAAAAAGUCUGCCAUUGCCAGAAUAUUGUAAUCCAGAAGGAAAAUUCAAUUUGGCCUCACAUUUGCCAGGAUUUUUUGUACGUCCUGAUCUAGGACCCAGGUUGUGUAGUGCCUAUGGUGUAGCCGCUGCUAAAGAUCAUGAUAUAGGAACCACAAAUCUCCACAUCGAAGCUUCUGACGUUGUAAAUAUUCUAGUGUAUGUUGGCAUAGCAAAAGGAAAUGGCGUCCUCUCAAAGACAGGAGUACUUAAGAAAUUCGAAGAAGAAGAUUUGGAUGAUAUUUUAAGGAAAAGAUUAAAGGAUUCAAGUGAAAUUCCUGGUGCUCUAUGGCAUAUUUAUGCUGGAAAAGAUGUGGACAAGAUAAGGGAAUUUCUUCAAAAGAUUUCAAAAGAACAAGGCCUUGAUGUCCUGCCAGAGCAUGAUCCAAUACGAGACCAAAGCUGGUAUGUGAACAGGGAGCUCCGCCAGAGGCUGCUAGAGGAGUGCGGGGUCAGAACCUGCACUCUGAUUCAGUUCCUGGGUGAUGCCAUUGUUUUGCCAGCAGGAGCACUUCAUCAGGUACAGAAUUUUCACAGCUGUAUUCAGGUAACCGAAGACUUUGUGUCUCCAGAGCAUCUCGUACAGUCAUUUCAUUUAACGCAGGAACUGAGACUUUUGAAGGAAGAAAUUAAUUAUGAUGAUAAACUACAGGUUAAGAAUAUCUUGUAUCAUGCGGUCAAAGAAAUGGUGCGAGCUCUGAAGAUGCACGAAGACGAAGUUGAGGACAUGGAGGAGCCUUAAGUGUGGGUGUAGGACUGGAAAGCUGCCCUUGAGUGACAUAGGUAUGCACGCUGGCACGGGCUUCAUACACCAUCAGUGCCAAGAAAUUGUCUUUGUGGUAAUUACUUGUUACUGACACCACAGCAGUAUAGCAUAGGCCACGGCUCCUGUGGCUCAGUGCUCUUAUAAAACAAGCUAAAUUUAAUAGCAGCACUACAUAGCUGUUCUGUAUUAUAGUGUAUAUGAUGUUUGUGAAGAUGCCAGAUUUACAAUGAUGUAUUUAUUUUUGGUAAAAAAAAAAAAUCUAUGCUAUAUUGUUGAUCAAGUGUAAAUGUGCCCUUGUACAGUUUAAUAAAUAACUGAUAUUUUCCACUACAUUGAGACAGUUACUGUGAGAACAAGACACAGACACCAGCUGCUGCUGCCUUUGGAAAAUUGCCAGAUUGCACAGCAGUUAUGUCAUAAUCAGAAAAUUACUGCCAAACAAUUGUAACAUUUGUAAAAUACAAAGUAUAUAAAGUAGAUACUAAACACAGACACUUCAAUAUUUUGUUGAAGCUAUUGACUGUACAAUUAAACAUUUUCAAAAUGUAAUUUAUUUAAAAUUGUCUCAUUUUGGUAAAAUUUAUGUGAAGUUUUAAAGCUAAAUAUUAAACUUAAUAUGCUAUGUAAAUAUAUACAUAUAUACAUUUAAUGAUGUAUUUUUUUAAAACAUUGGCUUGCUUUUGUUAAAGUGCAAGUGUUACAUAUGGCUUUGUACAUUAAAGUUGAAAGGGGUUUUACAUUUUCCAUUAAAAAGAUUUUAUCAAGAAG